AUGGUUCAAAAUAUUUGGGUUGCAGCUGCUGAUAAUGAUUUAGAAACAGUUAAAAAGUACAUUGAAAGUGAUAAAUUCAGUGCAAAUUCCAAAGAUCCAAAUGGAUAUACUCCAAUACAUGCAGCAGUUUCAUAUGGUCAUAUAGAUUUAUUAAAAUAUCUAAUAUCACAAAAUGGUGAUAUAAAUAUUCAAGAUGCUGAAGGAGAUUCUCCAUUACAUCAUGUUGAAGAUGUUUCUAUUGCUAAAUUAUUAGUUGAAGAUUUCAAAGCUGAUUGGAAAUUAAAAAAUAAUGAAGGUCAAAUACCGGCAGAUUAUAUUGAAGAAGAUGAUGAAUUCCCAGAAGUUGUACAAUAUCUUAGAUCUUUAAGUCAUGAAAAUAUAGGCUCUAGUAAUACCAAUGAAAAUAAUGAUUCUGGGAACAUAUUGGAUUCAUUACCAAGACCAGAUCAAGUUGAAGGUCAUGAAAUUAGUUAUAAAUAUCAAAAUGAAGAUAUUGAAUUAACAAUUAAUGAUGAACAAAGAGAAAAAUUAAGAGAAAUUGCAGAAAGUGAAAAUCCUGAAGAAAAAUUAGCUGAAUUUGUUAAAGAAUCUGUUCAUAAUCAAUUUUUCAAUAAUGAUAAAGAUCAAGAUUCACCAGUUUCUAAAAAAAGAAGAGAUUAA